GGGGCAGGGUGACGGGGGUGUGUGCACAUCGAGCGGUGCUUGGGAAAUGUUUCUGGGUCCAGGGUGAAAAGCGCUGGUCCUCCCCUCCGCGGACCGGGAGAGCCUCAGAAGCCCCCUUUCCACCCUCCAAGACCGACAGCAGUCCCAGGACAAGCAGAUGCCCAUUGAGAGCGCCGUCCAGUCUGCACUCUCUCUGAGCGGGCACCCCUCGCCAUGGCGUACCCCCUGAGCCUCAGCAAUGCCAGUGGCCAGCAGUGCACACAGGAGAGCCGUGAGGAGAACCUCUUGUUCUCGUCCUUCUACGGGGUGGUCUUUGUGCUGGCGUUCGUCGGCAAUAUCCUGGCCGUGUGGGUUUUCUCCUGCGACAAGAGCUCCAACACCACCACCAACAUAUACCUAAUGCACUUGGCAGUGGCCGACCUCUCCUACGUCCUGAUCCUGCCCAUGAGGAUGGUCUACCACCUCAGCCAGAACCACUGGCCCUUCGGCGAGGUGCCCUGCCGCAUCACCGGCUUCCUCUUUUACCUGAACAUGUACGCCAGCAUCAUCUUCCUGACUGGCAUCAGCGCAGACCGCUUCCUGGCCAUCGUCUACCCGGUGAGGUCCAUGCGCAUCAGGAAGCCCCUCUACGCCAACGUGGUCUGCAUCGCCCUGUGGGUGGUCAUUGUAGUGGGCGUGGCACCAAUGCUGGGCGCACCACAGACCCUUCAAGCGGGCAACGCCACCACCAAGUGCCUCCAGCUGUACCGGGAGAAGACCUCCAGCUUUGCCCUGGUGCCCCUGACGGUGGGCUUCGUGGUGCCCUUUGUGAUCACGGUGACCUGCUACUUACUGAUCAUCCGCAGCCUCCGCAGGGGUAACCGCAUUGAGAGGCACCUCAAAGACAAGGCGAUCAAGAUGAUCAUCCUGGUGCUCACCAUCUUCCUCAUCUGUUUCGUGCCCUACCACAUCAAUCGGUACGUCUACAUCCUGUUUGCCAGCACCGCCCGCUCCAGCUGCCAGGACAGGAGGCUCAUCGCCCUCAGUAAUCGCAUCACUUCCUGUCUGACCAGCCUCAAUAGCUGCCUCGAUCCCGUAGUCUACUUCUUUGUAGGGGAGAAGUUCCAGGAGCGGUUCUGUCACUUUGUCUGCGGCCACAGGAAGCGAGCGCAGUCUGUAAGCCAUGAGACCAAAACAAACGAGAGCUCGCUCAGCUGUAAGUCUGAGCUGUGAGCUCAUCGAGAACCAACCAAGCGUUCCGUCAUUUCACUGCAACUCAUUGCUCUAUAUAGGCGCUGGUCCGUGUGAGUGACUGUGUGCGGGGAGGUGUGUGUCUGAGUGAGUUAGUAUGUGCAUCUGCCUUAGUAUUUGAGUGAGUAUGAGUGAGAGUGUGAGAGUGUGAUCGUAUAUGUGAGUGUGAGUAUGUGUGUGUGUGAAUGUGAGUGUGACUCUGUGUGUGUGUGAGUGCAAGUGUGAGUCCGUAAUAUUGUCUGCGUAAGUGUGUGCAUUGUAUGUGAGGCAGUGUGAAAGUGGAUGCAAGUGUGUGUGAGUGUGUGACUGGAUGUGAGUGUGAGUGCCCAUCUCUUUGUGUGUCUGCUGAGUUGCCACAAUUGACCUCAGCUACAGUACGCCAGUGAGAUCUCAGCCAGUGCAGGCCAGUGAGAUCUCAGCCAGUGCAGACCAGUGAGAUCUCAGCCACUGCAGGCCAGUGACAUCUCAGCCAGUGCAGGCCAGUGAGAUCUCAGCGAGUGCAGACCAGUGAGAUCUCAGCGAGUGCAGACCAGUGAGAUCUCAGCCAGUGCAGGCCAAUGAGACCUCAGCCAGUGCAGACCAGUAAGACCUCAGCCAGUGCAGGCCAGUGAGAUCUCAGCCAGUGCAGGCCAGCAAGACCUCAACCAGUGCAGGUCAGUGAGAUCUCAGCCAGUUCAAGCCAGUGAAAUCUCAGCGAGUGCAGGCCAGUGAAAUCUCAGCCAACUCAAACCAGUGAAAUCUCGGCCAGUGCAGGCCAGUGAGAUCUCAGCCAGUUGAAGCCAGUGAAAUCUCAGCGAGUGCAGGCCAGUGAAAUCUCAGCCAACUCAAACUAGUGAAAUCUCGGCCAGUGCAGGUCAGUGAGAUCUCAGCCAGUUCAAGCCAGUGAAAUCUCAGCGAGUGCAGGCCAGUGAAAUCUCAGCCAACUCAAACCAGUGAAAUCUCAGCCAGUGCAGGCCAGUGAAAUCUCAGCCAAUUCAAGCCAGUUAAAUCUCAGCCAGUUCAAGCCAGUGAAAUCUCAGCCAGUGCAGGCCAGUGAAAUCUCAGCUAGUUCAAGCCAGUGAAAUCUCAGCCAGUGCAGGCCAGUGAAAUCUCAGCCAGUGCAUGCCAGUGAAGUCUCAGCUACAUUAUAUGCCAAUGAGAUCUCAGCCAGUGCAGCUCUGUGUAACCUUAGCCAGUGGGAUCUCAGCCACUGCAGCCUAGUGAGUCCUCAGCCAGUGUAUGCUGUGUUGAUGACCUUUCCAUUGGAACCCAUCCCAGACUGUGUCUCUGUCACCACCCCAGCGCCUUCCUCUGAUUCACUCACACUGUCUCGCUCUCUCCCAUACACACACAACAUGCACACAUACACAGACAGACAGAAAGACACACACACACACCCUUUCAGUGAAACAGACGCACCAUCCAAGGAACCUUUAGCACCAUUUAACCCUCCAGCAAUGGUCAACAAAAAUCCGGCACAGCAGACCCACAUCUCCCAUUCCCUCCUGCAGCAGCUAUAGCAGCAGGCACAGUCACAGUCAUCACAGUGCUCUGACAGCCUGGUCAGCUCAUUGUGCUGGUAUUUAGUGGAGCUGUCGAUUACCUUGCUCUUCCUCCCCAUAUUGUUUUAUAAUUUUGCCUUUCGCACAUAGAGUCAUAGAGAUGUACAGUAUGGAAACAGACCCUUCAGUCCAACCUGUCCAUGCCGAUCAGAUAUCCCAACCCAAUCUAGUCCCACCUGCCAGCACCCAGCCCAUAUCCCUCCAAACCCUUCCUAUUCAUAUACCCAUCUAGUUGCCUCUUAAAUGUUACAAUUGUGCCAGCCUCCACCACAUCUUCUGGCAACUCAUCCCAUACACGUACCACCCUCUGCGUGAAAACAUUGCCCCUUAGGUCUCUUUUAUAUCUUUCCUCUCUCACCCUAAACCUAUGCCCUUUAGUUCUGGACUCCCCGACCCCAGGGGAAAGACUUUGUCUAUUUAUCCUAUCCAUGCCCCUCAUAAUUUUGUAAACCUCUAUAAGGUCACCCCUCAGCCUCCGAUGCUCCAAGGAAAACAGCCCCAGCCUGUUCAGCCUCUCCCUGUAGCUCAGAUCCUCCAACCCUGGCAACAUCCUUGUAAAUCUUUUCUGAACACUUUCAGGUUUCACAACAUCCUUCCGAUAGGAAGGAGACCAGAAUUGCACACAAUAUUCCAACAGUGGCCUAACCAAUGUCCUGUACAGCCGCAACAUGACCUCCCAACUCCUGUACUCAAUACUCUGACCAAUAAAGGAAAGCAUACCAAAUACCACCUUCACUAUCCUAUCGACCUGCGACUCCACUUUCAAGGAGUCCAGUGCACUCCAGGGUCUCUUUGUUCAGCAACACUCCCUAGGACCUUACCAUUAAGUGUAUUAGUUUUGCCCUGAUUUGCUUUCCCAAAAUGCAGCACCUCGCAUUUAUCUGAAUUAAACUCCAUCUGCCACUUCUCAGCCCAUUGGUCCAGAUCCUGUUGUAAUCUGAAGUAACCUCCUUCGCUGUCCACUACACCUCCAAUUUUGGUGUCAAUCUGCAAACUUACUAACUGUACCUCUUAUGCUCGCAUCCAAAUCAUUUAUGUAAAUGACAAAAAGUAGAGGGACCAGCACCGAUCCUUGUGGCACUCCACUGGUCACAGGCCUCCAGUCUGAAAAUCAACCUUCCAUCACCACCCUCUGUCUUCUACCUUUGAGCCAGUUCUGUAUCCAAAUGGCUAGUUCUCCCUGUAUUCUGUGAGAUCUAACCUUGCUAAUCAGUCUCCCAUGGGGAACCUUAUCGAACGCCUUACUGAAAUCCAUAUAGAUUACAUCUACCACUCUGCCCUCAUCAAUCCUCUUUGUUACUUCCUCAAAAAACUCAAUCAAGUUUGUGAGAAUGAUUUCCCACGCACAAAGCCAUGUUGACUAUCUCUAAUCAGUCAUUGCCCUUCCAAAUACAAGUACCUCCUGUCCCUCAGGAUUCCCUCCAAUAAUUUGCCCACACCAAGGUCAGGCUCACUGGUCUAUAGUUCCCUGGCUUGUCCUUACCACCUUUCUUACAGUGGCACCACGUUAGCCAACCUCCAGUCUUCCGGCACCUCACCUUGACUAUCGAUGAUACAAAUAUCUCAGCAAGAGGCCCAGCAAUCACUUCCCUAGCUUCCCACAAAGUUCUCGGGUACACCUGAUCAAGUCCUGGGGAUUUAUCCACUUUUGUGCUUUUUAAGAUAUUCAGCACUUCCUCCUCUGUAAUAUGGAAAUUUUUCGAGAUGUCACCAUCUAUUUUCCUACAGUCUAUAUCUUCCAUGUCCUUUUCCACAGUAAACACUGAUGCAAAAUACUCAUUUAGUAUCUCCUCCAUCUCCUGCAGCUCCACACAAAGGCCGCCUUGCUGAUCUUUGAGUGGCCCUAUUCUCUCCCUAGUUACCCUUUUGUCCUUAAUAUAUUUGUAAAAACCCUUUGGAUUCUCCUUAACCCUAUUUGCCAAAGUUAUCUCAUGUCCCCGUUUUGCCCUCCUGAUUUCCCUCUUAAGUAUACUCCUACUGCCUUUAUACUCUUCUAAGGAUUCACUCAAUCUCUGCUGUCUAUACCUGACAUAUGCUUCCUUCUUUUUCUUAACCAAGCCCUCAAUUUCUUUAGUCAUCCAGCAUUCCCUUUAACUAUCAGCCUUCCCUUUCACCUGAUAGAAAUAUACUUUCUCUGGAUUCUUGUUAUCUCAUUUCUGAAGGCUUCCCAUUUCCCAGCCGUCCCUUUACCUGCGAACAUCUGCCCCCCAAUCAGCUUUCAAAAGUUCUUGCCUAAUACUGUCAAAAUUGGCCUUUCUCCAAGUUAGAACUUCAACUUUUAGAUCUGCUCUAUCCUCUUCCAUCACUAUUUUAAAUCUAAUAGAAUUAUGGUCGCUGGCCCCAAAGUGCUCCCCCACUGACACCUCCGUCACCUGCCCUGCCUUAUUUCCCAUGAGUAGGUCAAGUUUUGCAGCUUCUCCAGUAGGUAAUUCCCCUUUUUAAACGAUAUAAUAUCCUCAACAGGAAGAAGCCCUAUGUGGAAAUAUUACAGUCCCUCACUGCAAACGUUUAAUCAAAUCUCCAUUUUCACUCCACUUCACUCAAUGUUCAGUCUGCGCUCCGACCUUACCCAUAGGAAACAAUGCGGUACUGUUUACCAUCUGCACUGCUUUCAAUAUAAACACCCUUCCACCCUGUCCCUGUGCCGCUGAAUAGAGAAAUACAUUCCACAAGCCUUCAUUCACAGUCUCUGGCCCUCACCUGUGGUGACGUUCAACUGGAGUUUCGAAAAAUAAGAGGAGAGCUCGUUGAAACAUUGAAGAUUCUUAAGGGGGUUUGACAGGGUCAAUGCUGAAAGGAGGCUUCCCCUCAUGGGAGAGUUCUAGGGGGCACAGUCUCAGAGUAAAGGGGCAUCAAUUUAAGUCUGAGAUGGGGAGGAAUUUCAGAGUCUUUGGAAACCCUUGCUGCAGGGAGCUGUGGGGGCAGUGUCCUUGUGCCUAUGUAAGGCUGAGAUAGAGAGAUUCUUGAUCAAUUUGGGAGUGAACGCUGCGGGGAGAAUGCUGAAAGUAAACGUGAGGAAUGUGGGAUCAGUCUAUCGAGUGGCACAAGGCUCGAGGGACCAAAUGGCCUACUCCUGUUCCUAUUUCUUACGAUCCUAGUUCCUACUCGAUGUGUGAAUAAUCCCUCUUGUAGACUGAGAUAUAUGGAGCUUUAUUCUAACUGGAGCAGAUCAGUCAGUAUUGAGGCAGACUCAGUUUUGCUGCAAAUAUCCACGUGUUUUCUGUAUGGAUCAUACUUCAUUGCAUAACACUAUAAUAAAUAGCAGUUAGCUUUAU